ACUUUCAGACAGAUUUAUCAACACUAUUUACAAUAUAGCCCUGCUUGUCUUUAUAAUUGUAUCAACAUCAAAAUGAUCUCAAAGUCUCACUCUUCUUUCGGGAGGGAUCGAAUCUUUUGGCUAUUAAUGACUCAUAUUGAGCAUGAUUGCGUCCUUUGUUGA